CUUCUUUCGACGGAAACUCUCUUCUGUGUUUGUCUCUAUAUCGGACACCAAAUUACAGAUUUUUUUCUCUUUUAAUCAGUAAAAAAUGGCCAACACAAAUGGCCCAUCGCUGUUUCGUCUGGGUAUCAUAAUCACGUUGGCAGGUGUCAUCUCUCUUGGAAUUAUGUUUUUCUGGUUCUCACCUUCAAAAAACUGUCCACUUCCAGUUUUUAUACCAGAUCGAAAUUCAGAAAUUAACUUUGCCAAGAGCAACAACUCGGUAACUGAAAAUGCAGAGGAGAAACCUAUAGUUCUGUUAUGGGUUUGGCCUGAAAAUGACAGGUUUGAGUUCAGUGACUGCAAAAAGUUUUGCGAUAUUGAUAAUUGUCAUCUGACGGAUGAUAGAGCUCUCUACAACGAUGCAGAUGAUGUCAUCGUUUUUCAUAAAGCCAUCAACUGGGAUCUGUCCAACCUUCCUCCAUCUCCUCGUCCUCCGUUCCAGAGGUGGAUUUGGUUACAUUUGGAAUCUCCAACCAACACCAAAAGGAUACCAGGUCUGGAAAACCUGUUCAAUCUCACUCUCAGCUACAGACAGGAUGCAGAUAUUCCUGUACGGAUGCGCUUGAUGACCAGGAAGAAACCUAAUGAGGAUUUUGUGAUUCCUAAAAAGGACAAACUGGUGUGUUGGAUUGUGAGUAACAAUGAUCCCUCAACUGGUGUCGACACAAGGAACGUUUUCUACAGAGAAUUCAGGAAAUACAUACAAGUGACUUUGUUCGGAAAAGCCUAUGCAAAGUUCCUGGAUUAUAAUGAUUACUAUCCAACCAUGGCCAGCUGCAAAUUUUACCUUGCUUUUGAAAACUCGAUUCACAAAGACUACAUCACUGAGAAGAUAAACGGGCCACUCGCUGUGGGAACCGUCCCUGUGGUGUUGGGUCCUCCGAGAAGAAACUAUGAGAACUUUGUUCCUGCCGAGUCCUUCAUUCAUGUCAAUGACUUCCCAGAUGCAAAAUCACUAGCUGAAUAUCUGCUUCAGCUGGACAAGGAUGAAGAUGCAUAUCACAAGUACUUUAACUGGAGGAAACAUCUCACUCCAAGUCCUCCCUUGAUAUUCCAGACACAAGAGUUUAAUCUGGCUAUAUGCACUGCUUGUGACCAUGUAGCACGACACAGGGAAUAUAAAGAAGCUCAUGAUCUCUAUGAGUGGUACUUCAAUUAAAGUUACCCCAGGUUUUCUUACAUUAUCAGUUACAAUGUUUAUGAAAUAGAUUGUAUUUUAUAUGAUCUGUUAAUUAUGGUAUUAGAUUUUGUAACUGUUUUGGUAAAUCAUUGCUUAUGAAUUACUUAGUAAUUAAGUGAAGAUGCUUUUGUUUUAAUUUAUAGCCUACUCAAGCUCCCUUCCCAUAAACAGUCACGGAUAAAAAUUUUAAAUGCAUGCAAAAGUAUAUUGCACAAGAUUUACAAAUAAAAGCAAUGUUUUCAGAAUAGCAAACAAUGGACACGGAUUGAAAAAUAAUACAAGUAAAUAAAAUAAAAAAUUAUAACGCAUUUUUUAAAA